UAAAAGUUUCGAAGAUUAAAUACAAAAGUAUAUUUAAAGCAUUUAUUAAAUUUGAUGAUAAGAUGCAAGCAGAGAAACUUGUAUCGAAUAAGAAGUUAGUAGAGAAGGAUAUAAGAGCCCAAUUUACUGACCAAGGAUACUUAUCGUACGGAAUUAUCAAGGGUGUUGAUUUAGAUAUAAGCGAAGAAGAAUUGGUUAAAAAUUUGGAUUCUCCCAUCGAAGUGAUUUCAGCGAAAAGACUAAAGAGGUUACAUAGCGAUGGUAAUUGGGUCGACUGUGAAACGGUAAGGCUAUGCUUCAAAAGCACGAUAGCACCUUCUCAUGCUUACAUUUAUAAAUGCAAAUUUGAAAUAGAAAAAUACGUCUUUCCUGUAACUCAGUGUUCAAAAUGCUGGAAAUUUGGUCACAUUAAGAAAUUUUGCAAAUUGAAUAAGAAUGUAUGCCCCAAGUGUGGCGGCAGUCAUGUUAAUUGCGAAAUAGAGGUAUUUAAUGUUGUUAAAGAUAGUUUGAUUAAGCACUCAAAUGGAAGUAAUGAUACUAACCAAGAUCGUACUGAAAAUAAUACUAAAUUGAAAUAUGGUAAAAGAAAUGAAAAAAAGAGAAGAGUCUCAAAAAAUCAGACGGAAGAUAGAGAUUCGACCAUGGAUUUUGAAGAAAUAAGUAGUGAAACAGAGGAUAACCCUGCUGUAGACACGCAAAAACGGAAAAAGGAGAGAAGAUUUGAUUUAUGGAGACUACUUUCAAAUAUGAAGAGAAUUAUUAUGAGUGAGGAAAAUUGUGUAAACAAGGUGGUGUUGAUUUUUAAAGUUAUAAUUGAGGAGCUUAAGCCGUAUUUUGAAAAUAUUUUGAGUGGUAUUAGUUUAUCUGGAACUCUCUUAAAUCUUAUUAAUGGAUAA